AUGAAGCGCAAAGUUGGCGCCCUAGAGAAGCUCGAGUCCGACCAUGCGGCACUCCGAUUCAAGCUGAAGCGAGACCCUCAAUCGUACAGAGACGACUUCGAGCAGCAGUACCAGCAGUACCGAACCCUCCUCGACCUGUUCCUUGCCGACCCGAGCACCUCAGACAGCGGUUUGGUUGCGCUGAAGGAUCUCAUUGAGUUCGUCUCGCAUACCUCGGACCUCUAUCCCGAUGUCGCAUCAGAGUUCCCCAGGGAUCUCGAGCUUCUGCUCACCCACCAUGAGGUGCUUGAGUAUGAUCUAAGGGACAAGAUCGUCGGCGCAUACUGCUUGCUCAAGCGUAAGGAGGUUAUAGACUCGGUCAAACUCCUCAACACACUGUUCCCGCUCCUUGUGGCGACCAACAGCAAGAGUCUGCGACAACUGCUCUACACCAAGAUUAUCUCAGAUCUACGUUCGUCCAACGCGAAGACUGUGAACCACAAGCUGAACAAGUCUAUGCAAACGGCACUUUACAAUCUCUUAGAAUCCGACACCUCCUCGCCGAAGGGUCUCUGGGCCGUGAAGAUUACCAGAGAGCUGUGGAAACGACAGAUAUGGACAGAUGCGCGCGCUGUCGAGGUCAUGCGACUGGCAGCACUGAGCGAUAACGAAAAGACCAUCUCGGGCGGCCUCAGGUUCUUCCUCGGUGGUGACCAGGAGCGAGAAGCCGCCGCAGAGGAGAGCAGCGAUGACGACAACGAUGUGGACAUUGGAAAGCUGAAGCACGCGGCCGGAAUCAACAAGAAGAGCAAGAAGAAGGCGCGCGACAUCAAAUCCGCAGCGACCUCUCUCAAGAAGAAGGCAAAGAAGAAGAACGCACCCCACCCCCUCAACUUCAGUGCGCUACACCUUCUCCACGACCCUCAAGGCUUCGCCGAAACCGUCUUCUCGAAGCACAUCCAGAACACCAAGGCCAAGCUUGCCCUCGAGACGAAGCUACUGGCACUGCAACUUGUCACUCGCCUCGUUGGAUUACAUCAACUCACAGUCCUUCCGCUAUACUCAUACUUCCUGAAGCAUCUCACUCCUCGGCAAGCCUCAGUCACCACUUACUUGGCGUGCUUAGCGCAAGCGACACAUUCGUAUGUACCGCCAGAUGUGCUUGAGCCGCUUGUGCAGAAGAUCGCGAACGAGUUCGUGUCAGAAGCAUCAGCCUCUGAGGUCGCGGCAGCAGGUCUGAAUUCCAUUCGUGAGAUUUGCGCACGUCAGCCAUUGGCCAUGACAGAUACUCUGCUUCAAGACUUGGUCAUGUACCGUAAAUCGAAAGACAAGGGCACAAUGAUGGCCGCCAAAGGUCUCCUCUCCCUCUACCGCGAAGUCGGCGCCGACCUCCUUAAGAAACGCGAUCGUGGCAAGGAUGCGACAAUGGGUAUCCGCGCUGGUACUAUCAAAGAACGCCGUUAUGGUGAAGAAGCUAUUGGAGAAAUUGAGGGCAUCGAGCUGCUCGAGAAAUGGAAGGAAGAGGAGCGCAGGAAGAAGCUCAUAGAGGCUGGUCUGGAUCCCGACGCAGACAACGGCGACGUCGACCUCGACGACGAGGACGACUGGAAGAAGUGGGACGUGGAGAGCGAGGGCGAUAGCGACGACUCAGGCGGCUGGAUCAACGUCGAAAGCGACGGCGAAGACAUCCAAAUCAGCGACUCAGAAGACGAAAAGGACAAGAAGGAACGCCCCGCAAAGAAAGCCAAACUCGACAGCGCCACCCCCGGCCCAUCAACAGACGACAAAGAAAAUUCCAAGAGCGCCGAACCAGAAACAAAGUCCCUCUCCAAACUCCUCACAACCACCAUCCUCACCCCCGCCGACCUCAAACAACUCCAAGCCCUCCGCGCCUCCAGCACAAUAACCUCCACCCUCGCCGGCUCCUCCAAGCGCGCCCAGCUCCUCGCCGCCCGCCACGCCGACGAAGCCAUCACCGCCGAGACCAUCGAACUCGCCGCCAAAAUCGGCAAGAAGAACACCAAGGAAGAGAAGAUUGCUCUUGCCAGGGCCGACCGCGAAACGAACCACACUUCCAAAGCGGCGAAGCACCAGGCCAAGAAGGUGGAAGAGGGCAAGAGUACGACGAACAAGGAGAAGGCGCGUAAGAAGAAUUUCCUCAUGACGCUGGGUAAGGCGAGGUUUAAGAAUAAGCGCAGUUUGGGGGAUGUUAAGAGGACGAUGCAGGGGCAUGUUGAGAGGAAGAAGAGGGGUGGUAAGAGGGGGAAUAAGGGGAAUUAA